AAACAGCCUUAGAAGGGUAAAAUUAAAAACCCUCCUCCUCUGAUAAAUCUCUAGGGCUUCACAACAGCCGGCCGCUCAGGUGAAAAGGGGGAGAGAGAAGAGGUGCGCUUCCCAUUUCCAAGGUUUAAACGAACGUCCAGAUUCUGUAAUUUACUACAAUAGAAGGUCCUAUAAUGGCUUUUGUUAGUAAAAUUGGGAAUUUGCUGAAGCAGACAGUAAGCAAGCACACUAAUUUGGUACCACAAUGUAAUCCUUCACUUUACCAGGCUGUAAGGUGCAUGUCAUCGUCAAAGGUCUUUGUUGGAGGUCUCCCAUAUGCAAUGGAUGAAACAUCUUUGAGGGAAGUAUUUGCCGAAUAUGGGGAUGUCGUUGAAGCUAGGAUCAUCAUAAAUAAUGAGACUGGAAGGUCCAGAGGUUUUGGCUUUGUGAGUUAUGCAUCUAGUGAUGAGGCUUCUCGUGCCAUUCAGGCUUUGGACGGCAAGGAUUUUCAGGGCCGAUGGUUGAAAGUGAAUUCCGCUGUAGAGAAGCGGCCUCGCGAUAGUGGCUUUGGUGGGAGUGACAGGGGUUAUGGUUACGGUGCUGCUAGUGGAGGUUAUGGAGCCAAUGGUGGGGAGCACAACUUCAAUGGAUAUGGUGGGGGUAACCAUGGAAGUGGAAUCUGAUUUGGCAGUGAAAAUGAUACCCAUUUGUGAUCCCUAAUUUGCUUCUGUCGGCUGCUUUGGUGGCAGUAUGAAUGGUGGAAACAAUAUGGACGCUGGAGAACAAUUGAAUGGCAACGACUAGAGGAGAGAAGCUAGAAAUGAGGAUAUUGGUCAGGACAUAGUGACAUGCCCACGUGAAGAAUUAACACUGCAUGUGCUGCUGUCAUUUUUUGUGAAAUUUCUGAGAAUUAUUUGAUGAAGUGUAAUUUUUGUAGUUUUAGAUAUUGAUUAGGAGUAAUUCUGUUUAAAGCCAAUUUCAUGUUCUGCCAUACUUAUGCUUUACAGAAGAAUCUAUGAAAAUAUGCUGAAAGUGUUUGUUUUCAGAAUGCUUUUUGGACA